AUGGAUAUGGAUGACUUUAAGCGAUUUAAUGAAGAGUUAUCGGAUUUGUUAUUAUUGUCUUUGAGUGAUUAUAAUUCUAACAUUGAGGAUCAAGUGUAUUUUGAGGGUAUUCGUGAGAAGUACUUAGAGUGCUGUGCUGAUGUUAAAACUAGAAUAGGUGAUUUAACACAAGAGAGAUUGGAGAUGCUUUCGCAGAAAACUUUGAACAGUGUUAAAAGUCAAAUGUCGAGAUUAUCAAGGGCUUCAUCUGUGUCGUCUAAACAAGCCGCUGCGAAUGCUGCAGCAUUAAAGGAGAAAAUGCUCAGUCUUAAAAGGAAACAAAAUAUCGAAAGACAGCAAGAAGAGCUUAAACAUCAUCAAAGAGAACUAGAAUGGCAAGUGGAACAAGAACAAUUACAAGGUGAGAUCAAUGCUGCAGAAGUUUUACAUCAAGCACUUUUGGGAGAUACCAUGUUGCAAAGUAGUAAUACCCAACCUACAUCUAACACUUUGCAUGAAAAUACCACUGAAAUGAGUCAAUUGCCAACUAUUGCCAAGGAUAUGAACACUGGGACAUCCAGUGACAUGACAAAUGCCCUAAAUCCCACUGCACCCCUAAAUCCCACUACACCCCCAAGUCCCACUACACCCUCAAAUCCCACUACACCCCUAAAUCCCACUACACCCCCAAAUCCCACUACACCUUCAACUCCUACUACACCCUUGAAUCCUACUACACCCUUAGAUCCAACUAAACCUGCAUUUACACCUGUUAAUGCCCAUACCCAACCUGUUAACCAUUUACAACCAACUACUACUACAAGUCCCCUAGAGCAAAUACAAAGAGAGGCAUUUGAAAUUCAAAGACAACAAGUAGAAUUAAUGAAAAGGAUGUCGCUUCCGACUCCGAAACCGCUUGUAUUUAGUGGUAACAUUUUGGCCUACCCAAAGUGGACGUUAGCUUUCGAUGCCUUGAUUGACGGUGAAGCUCUAAACCCAGCACAUAAGUUAUACUACCUUGGGGAAUAUACUAGUGGACAAGCCCAGAAAAUGAUUGAUGGAUUGUUGGGGCUGCAAUCUGAUGAUGCGUAUAAGAGAGCUAGGCAGAUAUUGCAAGAACGCUUUGGUGAUCCAUACAAGAUUUAUCAGGCAUACAAUGAAAGGCUUAAGUCAUGGCCAGUAUGCAGCAAAGCUUCCGAGCUUCAGGAAUUGAGCGACUUUCUGGUAACAGUGCAAGAAACUAUGAAAACAGUGAAGCACCUCAAGGACUUUGACACCUUUUCUGCUAUUCAAGACCUGGUAGUAAGACUUCCACCUUAUUACAGCAAGAAGUGGUUACAAAGUGCGAAAGCGGUUGAGCUUGUUAAAGGAAAGUAUGAUUUUAACGACCUAGUUGACUUUGUGCAAAAGGCAGCAAAGGAUCCAACUCAUCCAGUGUUCUCGCAUGAAGUUCUGUUAUCUAAGAGAAAGGAGUUGUUGAAAGACAAGAAGCAAGAAGACAAGAAUAGUUAUCACAAGAGAAAGUUUGGCUCAUUUAACACAAGUAAGUACAAUGAAAGCUCUGGUCAUAGUGAUAAGAACAUAAAUGAACUCAUGUGCCCUGCAUGUAGAAAGCCUCACAAAUUGGAGAACUGUGACAUAUUCCUAAAGAAGUCUGUAAAGGAACUAUCAGAAUUAGCUAAGUCGAAAGGGCUUUGCUUCCUGUGUUUAUGUCAUGGUCAUAUGGCCAGGAGUUGCAAAGAAUCCAUUAGAUGCCAGACUUGUAAGAAACCCCAUGCCACACUUCUCCAUUUUGAAUCCAAGGAGUCUAAGAACGGGAAUAAGAAAGAGAACGAAGAAUCUAGCAAAGAAAAGCCUAAAGUAGCUAAUCGUGUCGUAGUGUGUCAUAGCAAUGAUUGCAAUGAAGUAACAACAUCGUCUUUAAUACUUCCGGUAUGGAUAUGUCACAAGGACAAUCCUGAGAAGAAAAUAAUGACAUAUGCUGUUUUAGAUGAUCAAAGUGACACAUGCUUUGUAACGGACAGUGUUUGUGAUCAGUUAGAAAUUGAAGGACCUGAGACUGUGAUUGAGUUAGGAACAAUGCACGCUGUAGAAGAUAUCAGAACCCAGAAAAUUAGCGGUCUUAUUGUUUCAUCGGAAGAUAAGUCAGUAGAUGUACCUUUACCAAAAGCUUAUUCCCGUGAAAAUAUUCCAGCACGUCGAGAUCAGAUCCCUAGAGUAGAAAUGGCGAUCAAUUGGAGUCAUUUGAGUCCAAUUACCAAUGAAAUACCAGAAUAUCGUGAUGAUCUCGGUAUUGGUCUCCUAAUUGGUAACAAUUGUGUCGAAGCUAUCAAACCACGUGACGUUAUUCCCGGAAAACCUCAAGACCCGUAUGCUAUUAGAACUGUAUUCGGUUGGGGUUUGAUUGGAGUAACAAACCCUGUUGAUCACCGCGAAUGCCAAUCAGACGGAACUAGAAUACAUUGCCAUCGAGUUACAACCAAAGAUAUCACAACCCAGAGUACCGGUUCAACCUUUGUAGAGCAAACCCAAGUAAAGGAAGUAUUGAAGCCUCACGAAGUGUUAAAGAUGUUUGAACAGGACUUUUCGGAAAAGAAGAGAGAGAAACCAAUGUCGUUAGAAGAUCGAAUGUUUUUGGAUAUAACGAAAAGAGAGAUUCACGUUACUGACGAUGGACAUUAUGAGUUGCCACUUCCGUUUCGAAACGACAAAGUUGAAUUACCGUCGAACAGAAAGCUUGCUGAAUCAAGGUUAGAUGGCCUUAAAGCAAAGUUCGCCAAGGAUGUCAAAUACAAAAGAGAUUAUAUGCAAUUUAUGGAUGAUAUGAUGAAGAAAGGCUACGCUGAGAAUGCUUCACAGACUGAUGGAAAACCGUGGUAUAUACCUCAUCAUGGAGUGUACCAUACACACAAACCCAAUAAGAUCAGGGUCGUAUUUGACUGCUCAGCCGAAUAUGAAGGUCAAUCAUUAAAUCAACAUCUUUUACAAGGACCUGACCUAACGAACUCGCUCACUGGUGUACUUUGUCGAUUCCGCGAAGAAAGAAUAGCGUUUACGUGUGACAUCGAAUCCAUGUUCUGUCAGGUACGUGUGAAUGAAGAGCAUCGCGAUUACUUAAGGUUCUUGUGGUGGCCUGACGGAGAUACAUCGAAGGAGCCCGAAGACUACAGAAUGCGAGUCCACCUAUUUGGAGCAACGUCAUCACCCGGAUGUUCCAAUCUAGCGUUGAAAACCACGGCCAAAGCUGGUGAAGAAGAGUUUGGGACAGCUGAUGAGGCAUCCCGAGGUUUAAAGGCCUGUGAUAUUGUGAGCGAUUCGAGGUGGAUAAACGGUCCGUCAUUUCUAUACGAAGCUCACCAAGAUUGGAAUCAUUUUAACCAACCGGAUGACAAAGCAAAGCUGGAAACAGAUGAUGUCGAAGUAAAGAAAGUCACAACCUUUGCAACAUCUGUGAAAAAAUUCGCGGACGUGGUAGAGAGAUUAGAAUACUUUUCGAGUUGGCACCGAGCCAAGAAGGCCAUCGCUAUUUGUCUUCGUUAUCGCAGAUUGUUACGUCAAAGGGUACGUAAGAAAAGGGAGGGAAAGGAUGUCGAGAACAUUGAGAAAGCAGCAACUGUUAUGAAACCUGACCAAGCUGUUACUGUGGAAGAAAUGAAUGCUGCUGAACGGGAAAUAAUCAAGGCACUUCAGAAAGAAGAAAUGUAUCUACGUAAGCAUUGGCGAAGAGUUGAACAUCUAUGCAAUGAGUUUUGGUCGCGUUGGAGAAAAGAAUUUCUGCAUUCCCUGCAAGAACGCCAAAGAUGGCUCAAACCGAAACAGAAUCUCGAAGUCGGAGAUAUUGUUAUCGUUGCUGAAGAAGAAUCAUCCCGAAACUGUUGGCCAUUAGCUCGCGUAGUGAAUGCUGAGAAAGACGAAGAUGGCCUAGUUCGAAAAGUAAAGUUGAUGGUCGGCAAGCGGAGACUCACGAAGCAAGGAAGAAGAGAGAAGCCUCUCGUUAGCCUGGAACGUCCAGUCCACAAGUUGAUAUUGUUGAUCUAAGGAGAAAGACCGGGAAUCCCCGCCGAAGAGCCUGAUGACAAAUGA